CGGCAUGCUAAUGAAAUUUGUUAGUUUUCAAAGAAAAAUAUUGGUGAUUUGACAUUAAUUCGUCAAGGGUCAUCGGUAUAGUCGACAAAGCGGCAAUAGAAUGGAAGAAAUAACUGGUAUGUUUUUGUCAUUAUUUUCGCUUUUCGUCAAUGCAACACCACGCGUAUCUUUGCGAGAACCAAUUGAUCCAACAAGUGACACGGAAGAAGAAGGGGUAGACGAUGACAGAUGGCAACCGUAUAUCAAUAAAGAAUACGAGAACUUCCAUACCCACGAACAGUUAAGCUCAGUGUCGGUUAAUAAAAGAUUAACAGAUUAUACAAGGCUUGAUGAUGCUUGGUCUCAGAGGAGUUAUUGGGAGUCGAUUCGGAGAAGUUUAUGGACAACUCUUAGUAUUACGGUCGCUAUGUUCGUACCAACGGCUUUCACAAUGGCGUUUCUAUAUGCUGAUUUGAACACAACGGAUCUUUGUUUGGAGUGGCAGUCUCACAAUAACACUUUACCAUUUUCUGUAAAACGACUUCGUGUCAUCGGUGACAGUGUUGAAGCGGUGAUAGCCAAUCUUUGGUUUCCGUUGACAAUGGUAGUUGUAUUUGGAUGGAAAGAGUUUAAGCUGAGGUGUCCACCUUUUACGUUGCUUUUAUCUUCGGAGAAACAGUAG